AUGGGGAAAGGAAAGAAUAAAACAAGUGAAGAUAGAUCAAAUAAGACAAGAACCUCAAAUGGUCACAAAUCAAAGCAACAUCAUAUACGGAGAGGCAAACAAGAAACAGGAGCUUCAUCAACUCCUGUUACAGAUUCAGAUGGGUUAACUACAACCACAAAAAAAUUCCCAACAAAAUUAGCAAUGUGGGAUUUCGAUCAUUGCGAUCCAAAGAGAUGUAGUGGUAAAAAACUAGAAAGAUUAGGACUUAUAAAAAAUCUAAGAAUUGGACAAAAAUUUCAAGGCAUCAUCGUAAGUCCCAAUGGUAAAUCAACAGUAUGUCCAAACGACCUUGAAUUAGUAGAACAACAAGGAGCAGCAGUUGUUGAAUGUUCAUGGGCUAGACUUGACGAAGUACCUUUCCAAAAAUUAGGAGGCUCAUCCAAAAAUGAAAGAUUAUUACCGUACUUAGUAGCUGCAAAUCCAGUCAACUACGGUCGACCAUGGAAAUUAAAUUGUGUUGAAGCAUUAGCUGCAUGUUUUGCUAUUGUAGGACAUAUAGAUUGGGCUGAAUUAUUAUUAGAGAAUUUUUCUUGGGGUUUAACUUUUUUAAAAAUCAAUGAUGAACUACUAAAAGUUUAUCAAGAGUGUAGUGAUUCUGAAUCUGUGCUAAAUGCUCAGGAUGAGUGGUUGGAGAAAAUACAAAAGGAAGCUAUUGAGAGAAAGGAGAUGGCUCAUAAUGGCGAUGUCUGGAUGAUGGGGAAUGUUAAUAGGAAAGAUGUGAAUGAUGAUGAUGAGGAAGAUGUUAGUGACGAGGAAGAUGAAAGUGAGGUAGAGUAUGAUAAUUUGGGAAAUAUUAUAGAGAAGAAAAAAUAUGACAGUCUAGGUAAUGAGAUAGAAGAUGAUGAAGAUGAAUCAGACGAAAGUGACUUGGAAUAUGAUAGACUAGGAAAUAUAAUAGAUAAAGAAGAUAUUGAAGGUGAAGAGGAUGAAGCAGAAAGUGUGAAGUAUGACAAAUUAGGAAAUAUAGUCGACAAAGAUCACUUAACUGAAAGACUAAAUAUAAUAAGUAUAUAG